AUGCCGUCUCUUAGCUCUUCUUUGCAUUGGAAGCCCAAUGACGAGGAGUCCGCCGAUCGCAUUACUAUUGUAUCUGAAGAUGCACGUUCAAAGGAGAGGAGAAAGGACAACUUGACGAGGCGAAAUAGUCAACGUGUGAUCGACCCUACGGCUGCUAUUCCAAUUGAAUACAGGAGCCUGUCCUUCGAGAUCGAAGAAGAUGCCCAGAGGAAACAGCGGUUCAAACGACGUGAGGAAAGAGACAAAUUGGCAGAAGAAUGGCAAAGCACAGAAUGGCACGUUUUGCCCAUUGAGGAUGUGCAGAAGCAGCUUCAUGCUGAUAUAUCAUCUGGCUUGUCCAAUACCGAGGCCAGUGAACGUUUACGAAGAUAUGGCCCGAACAAAAUUUCGCCAUUACCCAACCCUUGGUUCUGGAAAAUCUUCGGCUAUUUCUUCAAGGGAUUUGGCUCGAUUCUGCUAGUUGGUGGAAUUCUUGUCUUCAUUUCAUGGAAGCCACUUGGUCAGCCACCUGCGGUGGCUAAUCUGGCCCUCGGAAUUGUCCUCAUCGCUGUUUUCAUCAUCCAAGCUGCCUUCAAUGCAUGGCAGGAUUGGUCUUCGUCUCGUGUCAUGGCCUCCAUUACAGGAAUGUUGCCAGAAUCGUGCCAGUUGAUUCGCGACGGGUCCCGUACAGAAGUCGUAUCGACCAAUAUUGUUCCUGGUGACACAGUUUUUAUCUCAUCGGGGAACAAGAUUCCAGCGGACAUUCGGUUCAUAGAUGUCUCCCAUGAUCUGACAAUUGAUCGAUCUAUUGUCACGGGGGAAUCUAACCCAAUCAAGGGCAGUGUGGAUUCAACUUCUGAAAACUACCUGGAGACGCGUUGCAUUGGACUUCAAGGCACCCACUGUGUCUUCGGGAAUGCCACAGGAAUUGUUGUAGCCACUGGCGAUUCAACUGUUUUUGGCCGUAUCGCCAAACUUGCCGGUGAGCCGAAGACAGGCUUGACGACAAUUGAAAAAGAGGUUUUGCGGUUUGUCUGCUUGAUAUUUAUCAUCAUGGUUACCUGGAUCAUCAUCCUGGCUGCCGUUUGGGGUGGGUGGCUUCACAAGGUGCACCCUGAUUAUAUCAAUGUGCCUACCCUUAUUGUGGAUUGCGUUAGUGUUGCAAUUGCCUACAUUCCUGAAGGCUUGCCAAUUGCGGUAACUGCCAGCUUGACUAUCACUGCAAACUUGAUGAAGAAAAACAAAGUUCUCUGCAAGUCCCUCAAAACGGUCGAGACCCUCGGCGCUGUAUCUGUUAUUUGCACAGACAAAACUGGAACUUUGACAAGAAAUCGGAUGGCUGUCACGGACUUCGCUAUACAUACAGCAAACUCAACCUUGGAUACAACAGGUGCAUACACAUCCAGCACAAUAGCUCAACCGGUUCUAGAUCAACUUCGGGCAAUAGCUGGUCUCUGCAACGCUGCAGAGUUUGACUCGAAAUCACAAAAUGCCCCUUUAAGCGAAAGACGCAUAUUUGGUGAUGCAACUGAUCAGGCUAUCUUAAGAUUCUCGGAGGGCUGGGGCCCUGUUUCAGAGCUUCGAAAAAGCUGGAAGACCCUGUUUAAUCUUGCAUUUGACAGCAAGAAUAAAUUUAUGGUCAAGAUCAUCACACCGCUUAUCCCUCAAGCCAAGAACAUAUGUCUUUCUGCCACAGAAGCUGCGAACAUGGACGCUGAACAUUCUCUCCUAACUAUAAAAGGGGCACCUGAUAUUUUGAUAGAAAGAUGUACGCACAUUUUGAAGCUCGAUGGAAGCGUUGAGUCUCUAGAUGAUAUCACUCUGAGCAAAGUGAAGCAGCUGAAAGACAAGUGGUCGUCGGAGGGAAAAAGGGUCAUUCUGCUUGCCCGCAAGGUCUUGGAGAAAGGUAGCAUACUCGAUGAUCCUUUUUCACCAGAGUGCGAGAGCCGCGCACUACAAGCAGCAAAAACAGGUCUCACUCUUGUGGGCCUUGUCGGAUUGAUUGAUCCUCCAAGAGCCGAGAUUCCAGAAGUGAUUCGGAUCCUACGACAGGCUCAAAUUCGCGUCCUAAUGGUCACCGGCGAUUUUGGACUAACGGCAUUGGCUAUUGCUCGUCAAUGCGGUAUUGUGACAUUGAGUUCUGUCCAUGACGCAUCUGCUCUUGCUAGGUUUCCCAAUACAGAUGAGAAACAGGUUGACUCCUCUCAAUCUGCAAUUCUCGUUAGUGGUCCCGACCUGAUGGGCUUCAAUGAAUACCAGUGGGAGCAACUUUGCAAGUACCCUGAAAUUGUAUUUUCGCGAACGACGCCGAAUCAGAAGCUUCGUAUAGUACGGGAGCUACAGGCAAAAGAGACUGUUGGUAUGACAGGCGAUGGAGUCAAUGAUGCGCCCGCUCUCAAAGCAGCAGAUAUUGGUAUCAGUCUCGCCAGUGGCUCGGACAUUGCCAUUGAAGCCGCUGACAUGGUCUUGUUGGAUUCAUUCGCGGCGAUUGUUGAAGCUGUUCGUUAUGGGAGGGUGGUAUUUGAUAAUCUCAAGAAGACAGUGGCUUAUCUUUUACCCGCUGGUUCAUGGUCCGAGUUCUGGCCCGUCUUUACAAAUCUCAUAUUUGGGAUUCCUCAAAUUUUGUCAUCCUUCUUGAUGAUUAUCAUCUGCUGCUUUACCGACUGUGCGGCUGCAGUGGCACUCGCGUAUGAAGCCCCGGAAGCAGACGUCCUAUAUCGACCACCACGCCACCCAACAAAAACUAGACUCGUGAACUGGAAACUCAUGUUCCAUUCUUAUGCCAUCAUUGGAAUGAUAGAAACUAUUUGUUCAUUUGCUAUGGCUUUCUGGUAUCUCCAGCGAAAUGGCAUUCCUUUCUCCGACCUCUGGUUCAAAUUCGGUGAAAUUCCGGCCGGGGUCGAUACUGAUUACUACAACGCUCGUGUCAACGAGGCGAGCUCGAUUUACUUUAUAAAUUUGGUCAUUAUGCAAUGGUUUAAUCUUAUGGCUGUGCGAACUCGACAUUUAUCGAUUUUCCAGCAUCCUCCAGCUUUCAACAAAGAGACACAGAACCUGUUCUUAUUUCCUGCAAUUGCUUUCUCAUUGGGUAUUGCCGUUAUCUGGCUCUAUAUCCCCAGUCUACAGACCGUUCUCAAUACCUCGGGAAUUCCCGCAGAACACUAUUUUUUGCCUGCUGCGCUAGGUCUAGGCUUGCUUUGUUUAGAUGAGGCAAGAAAGGCUGCUGUUCGACGCUGGCCAAAGGGAGUUUUGGCUAGAAUGGCUUGGUAG